GCUGACUAUAGCGAGUACCAACUUGCUGACUUGGUUACCAAGGAGCCAUUCACUGAGUUGUGAGAUAACCUUAUGGAUAGAAAUCUUCCGGCUGUAAACGCCUUGAUUAGCUUGACACGAUGUGUAAAGCACUAUACAUACAGGAUAGACAGCUCUUUGGAACAGAAUGCUAGAAGAAGAGUUAUAAAACGCGUGUUUAUUUAACAAUGAACCGACCUAUUAACUGCAUACUACAACCUAAUUAGAAGCUUUAUUGAAGAUAAAUAAAGACGCACACUAAAGAAUUCUGUGACAAUUUUUGUCGAUCCCUUUAAAUUUAUCGUUGAACGCGUUGGUGCUGCUUGUGCUGUAGCCAUAUGCACGGGAUUAAAAGACAAAACGUAGCAAAGGAUCCAGACGAUAAGAUAAGCAAAUCUAUAAAGGAUUAUCGCUCAGCUGAAUCCAAAGUAUUAGAUUUAAGAAAGAAUGAUGUGAAGACUCCAGAAAGUUUGGAUUCAACGACUCAUUUGUUAGACUUGAACCCAGAGUAUUAUUCCAUAUGGAAUUACCGCCGUAUCGUACUCUUACACCUCUUCACUCAAAUUGGGACAGAGAGAACGCAAGAGAAACUAUCGUAUGAAUUAGUAUUCACGCUCGGUUUGCUAAAGAGGUUUCCGAAGGUUUAUUGGAUCUGGAAUCAUCGUACAUGGGCAUUAGAAACACUAUCAAACACAUUCACAGAUGAACAAUCCGACGGCAGAUUAUGGGAAUGGAAUACAGAACUUAAAAUGGUCGACAGUCUCCUCAAACUUGAUGCUCGCAACUUCCACGCCUGGGGAUACAGGAGGCAGCUCCUCACGCUUAUGAAUUACGAUAAAGAUGUUCACACAGUAAAGACAUUCCCUCAUGUCCUCAGUCGUGAUCAACUCCUCAAAGAGAAGCAAUUCACGCUUACCUUCAUCGAGAGCAACUUCAGUAAUUUCUCAGCCUGGCAUCAAAGGACGAAGAUAUUGAAACAAUUGUGGGCUCUUGACGGAAGAAUUAGCAAUGAGGACCUCGAUGAGGAAUUCGAUCUGGUUAGGCAAGCAAUGUACACUGACCCCUCCGACCAAUCCGUUUGGUUAUACCAUAAGUGGCUCAUACAACAGCUGUCUGAUGAUAACAUUAUAGAAGUCCUUAAUAGGGAACUCGAAUCUAUUAACGAAUUAUAUGAACUUGAACCAGAAUCCAAGUGGUGCUUGGAAUCACUCGCCCAUUACAACAAACUGCUAUACACACACACACAAAGUACAGAUUUGGUGCAUAAAUACAAUGAAUACUUAGAUAAACUCAUAUCGAUAGAUCCUGAUAGAAGGAACAGAUAUUUGGACUCAAAGAUUACCUUGUAAAUUCUACCUGCUUUUCAGUUUAUACUAAUUGAUUUAUCCUUGCAUUAUUCAUGGUGACUCUGUUCUGAAGCUUCUUAGUUUACUUUGCUAUCUAUUUAGUUAUGUAAAAUGAAAUAUGGGUAUACACGCUUAGCCAACUGUUGGUUUAGAUGAAGAUUCUCUUUUUGGAAAC